AUGUCCGGCUAUCGCGCCCCCGACAAGGACUACCUCGAGGCCAGUGCCGUCGAGCCGACCCGUCACCAUGGAGCCGACACGUCAGAGUUGUCGACCGACGAGGCCACGGGCGAUUUCCGGACGAUCGACCCUCACAGUGGCGUAAAACGAGGGCUGAAGACCCGGCAUCUGUCGAUGAUGGCGCUGGCUGGCAUCAUUGGCCCCGGCCUGCUCGUUGGUUCGGGAGGAGCGUUGUCAAGUGGCGGGCCAGCCGCACUGCUGAUCGGAUUCGGCACUAUCGGUAUCCUGGCCUUCUCUAUCAUGCAGAGCCUAGGCGAGCUCACAACACUAUAUCCAUCCGGAGGGGCUUUUACAGGCCUGGCAGAUCGUUUCGUGGACAAGGCCUUUGGUGUUGCAGUGGGCUGGAAUUAUUUCAUCAUCUGGUUUGCAGUGCUGGCGAACGAAUACAACGCCAUAUCCAGCAUCUUGGUGUUCUGGAGUGACAAAGUGCCGUUGUGGGGAUAUUUUCUUUUACUAUGGUUUGCAUUCCUCGGCUUCCAACUCCUCGGCAUUGAGACCUUCGGCGAAGCUGAGUUCUGGCUUGCGCUCAUCAAGCUCGGUGGCCUUGUCGCCUACUUCUUGUUCUCCAUCAUAUAUGCAUCGGGCGGUAUCCAGGGAGUGCCCGGCAUAGGCUUCAAAUACUGGCAUGACCCAGGCGCCUUUGCUAGCGGAUUUCGCGGCGUUGCGACAGUUUUCGUUUUCUGUUCCACGUUCUACGCAGGUUGCGAAUCUGUCGCUGUUGCUGCCACCGAGACCAAGAACCCACGAGUCGCGGUGCCCUUGGCUAUCAGACAGGUCUUCUGGCGAAUUGUCUUUGUAUACAUGGGAUCGGCUUUCUUUUUCGGCUUGACAUGUCCGUCAAAUGCGGAAGGGCUCGUGUCAGCUAAAAGUAAGGCAUUUCAGAGCCCAAUGACGGUCGCCCUCCAAAAUGCGGGUUGGGAAGGAGGUGUUCAUCUGAUUAACGCCUUCAUCCUCAUCACUUGUCUCUCGGCGGUCAACAGCUCUAUUUACAUCGGCAGCCGCACGCUGCUCUUCAUGGGCCAGGAUGGGAAAGCUCCACGCAUCUUGGGCUGGACCGACAAAAGAGGCGUCCCAAUCCCAGCCAUUGUUUUCACGAACGCAUGCGGUGCCUUAAGCAUGAUGAACGUUUCCACCGGAGCGGGAGCGGCGUACAGCUACAUCGUGAACCUGUCGGGAGUGUCCACGUUCCUGGUUUGGGGAAGCAUCAGUUAUAUUCACAUUAAAUUCCGCAACGCGUGGGAGGUCCAGGGGUACUCAGAGUUGGAUUUGCCGUUCCAGUCCCUCUGGUAUCCCUGGAAUGCCUACUUCGGUCUUGGGGCCAACAUCUUCUUAGCACUUGUCCAGGGGUGGACGAAUUUGAGCCCUUUCAAUGCCGGGGGGUUUGUGGACGCCUAUAUUCUUCUGCCGCUGUUCCUUAUCAUCGUCUUUGCCUACAAGUUCUUUUACAAGACUAAGUUCUGGAAAGCGCAUGAGAUUGACCUGCAGUCUGGAAGGAGACGAGACUUGGAGGAGGUUGAAGAGCUUGAAGAGGGCGUAUUGUCAGAUAAUCGUCCGUGGUGGAAGAAGCUGUGGCAGAAUUUCUAA